AUGAGCAGAACCAGCAUGACCAGUGGAAGCAGCAGCAGAUUGUUGGUCAGUUCCAGGAUGAUGACACAGACGGAGACUGUCAUCCUCAUCGAUCCGCCGAGCAGAGAAGCAGCUCCGAGCACAGCAAAGAGACCAUGAUCAAGGGACGAGCGGGAGCCCAUCAGCAUGCCGACAUAUCGCCCAUAGGUUGCACCAGUCAAUAUCACCGGCACGAAGAGGCCCGAAGGAGCUACCACGCCAUAGCUGAGGAUGCCGAGAAAAUAGGAGGUGAUGAAGAAGAGAAGGAUUGA